UGUCUACUUGCUGGAGCAGAAACGGAAAUUCGCGGUUGUUGCUUCAGUGUAUCUAUUUAGGGCAACUAUUAUACAAAUCUACCAUGCUUGAAGAAACAAAUUAUUAAGAGAAUGUUUUAACAGUUUUGUUUGAAACCCUAGGCGGGGAGAUGUGAAAUCUUUGAGUCCGUUUCUGCCUUACUAGCACAAUAGUUAGCUAUCCACGCUAAUCACUGCGAAAAGCAGCGAAAAAUGAGUUUCUGGUGGCGUUUAUCAGUAACACUCCAAGUAAACGCUUAUUUUAUUGUCAGCGUGUUUGAUUAUUUCUUUUACAAACUGUACAUGAAAUUAUAUUCUGUAUGCACGAGCUUCUGGAAGUUUAGCAACAACGUUUUGCUCAUUUUUUGUUGCAAAACUACCACAGUUUUAAUAGUCUUUUACCACCAGAUCAGAUUGAGCAAUACACAGAGCACGUUAGCUAUUAUUUUGACGUUGACGUCAUUAUUUACAAGCUAUAAUAAUAUUAUUGCACGUAUCUUGACGCAGCCUGCACUUUUUAUGUCCCCCAGGUCUUUUCCCCAGACGGUGAACACAUCGUUAAUUAGCCAGUCGGCUACGUGACGUUAGCUUUGAGCGUUGACAGGUUGACCACUGCUCUGCCCUUUUCACUCCAGUCAGACCGGACGGUUAGCAGUGAAACAGACAUCAAGAAGGAAACAAGGUCAUGACAACACUACAAGAUACUGAAGAUGCCAGUGAGACAGAUCUUGCCAAGCAUGAUGAGGAUGACUAUGUGGAAAUCAAGGAACAAAUGUACCAGGAUAAACUGGCCUCUCUGAAAAGACAACUACAGCAAUUACAAGAAGGCACAUUGCAGGAGUACCAGAAACGGAUGAAGAAGCUGGACCAGCAGUACAAAGAGAGACUCCGAAAUGCAGAUUUAUUCCUUCAGCUCGAGACGGAACAGGUGGAGCGGAACUACAUCAAGGAGAAGAAGGCAGCAGUGAAGGAGUUUGACGAUAAAAAGGUCGAGCUGAAGGAAAAUCUAAUCGCAGAGCUGGAGGAAAAGAAAAAGAUGAUAGAGAAUGAGAAGUUAACAAUGGAGCUGACGGGCGACUCGAUGGAAGUGAAACCAAUCAUGACUCGAAAGCUGAGGAGACGGCCCAACGAUCCAGUUCCAAUUCCAGACAAGCGGAGGAAACCAGCACCAGCUCAGCUAAAUUAUUUGUUGACAGAUGAGCAGAUAAUGGAAGAUUUAAGAACACUUAAUAAGCUUAAGUCUCCGAAACGACCAGUGUCUCCCUCGUCUCCAGAACACAUCCCGUCUGCGCCCAUGGAGACUCCCUCUCAGCGUUACGAAGCCCGCAUCGAAGACGGGAAGCUUUACUACGAUAAAAGAUGGUACCACAAGAGUCAAGCCAUCUACUUGGAAUCAAAAGACAGCACGAAGAUCAGCUGUGUCAUCAGCUCCGUAGGAACCAACGAGAUCUGGGUGAGGAAAACAAGCGACAGUACGAAGAUGAGGAUCUACCUGGGACAGCUGCAGAGAGGAACAUUUGUCAUCCGUCGACGGUCGGCGGCGUGAAACGUUCUCCCAAACUGCCUUUUCACGCAUUUGCUUGUUUAUUCAUCCCAGUUUUCCCUUGUUGGUCCUUUUUUAUCGAGUUGACGUGUGAUCUUUUAUUUGUAAUAAAACAAACUGUUCAUGAGGAUUUUCUUCUCCCGCAGCAACCAAAUACAGCAGAAGUGGUCUUUGACACGGCUGGCAUGUUUUCAGUAUUAUUUGCUGUUACUGCUGCCGUCACGACUGAAAAAAAUACAAACCAACUUUUAAUUUAAGCUCGUUUUUCAAAUUUCAGCUGCAGCAUUUCUCAAAGUGUACAAAAACAACCGACGGACGUUAAACUCCUAAAUCCUACAAAGAGGUUUUCUAUGAUAUUCUUUUUACUCUGUCAACGGCUGCUCGUCCUGCAGAUGAUUAAUGUAAAAUAUGUUUAAAUGCUGUGUGCAUUAAAACUGGCCCUGCUGAAACAGAUCCUCACCUCCA